AUACUACGUUUCAUCGUAUUACUGGUGUUACUAUUACUACUAGGUUUGGCGACAUUUGGAUAAUACUAAUGGUUUGAGGGUAGUCGACUGUGAUUACGAUCAAUACUUUCGCUGUCGUCCUUUUGAGGAUAGUACCUUAAUAUAUCAGAGUGUUUUGUUACUUAACGUAUAUUAUGCAGACCACAAUAAAAUUAAAAUACCUAAAGUGGACAUGGCGGCGCUGAACGAAUCGCUGAGUACUUUCGAUUCUCAUGGUAACCUGCGGGGCCAUCGGAAACAGUAACGAUCAACUUCUAGGACUGUAUGCCUCUGGAUGAAUUUCAUCCAUUUAUUGAGGCUCUCCUGCCUCACGUCAAGGCUUUCUCAUACACCUGGUUCAACUUGCAGGCAGCUAAGAGAAAAUACUACAAAAAACAUGAGAAGCGAAUGACUCUGGAGGAAGAAAGAAGAUGCAAAGAAGAGUUACAGUGUGAAAGUUUAGAAGUGAAACAGAGAUGGGCAUCUCGUUUGUUGGGCAAACUCAGGAAAGACAUAGCUCAGGAUUGCAGGGAAGACUUUGUUCUAGGCAUAACUGGGAAGAAGCGGGCAACAUGUGUCUUAAGCAAUCCAGACCAGAAGGGAAAGAUGAGGAGGAUAGACUGUUUAAGACAGGCAGACAAGGUUUGGCGACUAGAUCUUGUAAUGGUGAUCCUCUUCAAAGCCAUUCCCUUAGAAAGCACUGAUGGUGAAAGGUUAGAAAAGUCUGCAGAGUGCCUCCACCCAAGUUUAUGUGUAAACCCCUUCCACAUCAAUGUUUCCGUCCGUGAGCUCGACCUCUACUUGGCUAACUUCAUAUUUAGCCAUGAAACUUUAAGUGGUUUACGAGAAAGUGUAUGUGAUAGUGAAGCUGUUGAAGACAGGGAAAUGUGUAGGAAUACAAUCGUUGCAACAGGAGUGUUUACUUCAGCUGAACUAUACCGAAUGUCCAAAGAUUCCAUAAUGCAACCUACAAAUGAUAUACAACUUCCUCUCAACAUUGUCAAGAUGGAAUCAUCUUUUUAUUAUUCCAACAACUAUUCAUCCUCUACAGACUACAGAGGCCUUGGAGUUGGAGGACAUCAACCACUGAGUAUGGUUAACCCUGAGGUAACUACUCACCCAGGUAGUCCACCAUUUGAACCAAGGAAUAAACGUCUUCGAAGAAUUUCGUCCAAUGAAGAAGAGAUUGAAAAAUCUGGUGCUGGAGAUGUUGGUGGCUUUUAUGGUCAUAGUCCAGCCAGUUUAAGUAGUCAAACUUCAUGGGGAAGUGAUAUUGACCCUAGUAAUAUCCAUAUUGUCCGAACAGGCAAUCCUCCCCCAAUCCAUUCGCCUCAUAGUUCACAUCAUAAUAAAGUAAAAUCUGAGGCUUCUAGUAGUUUUGUAUCGGUCACUGGGGAACCACUUACUCCUCAUACUCCUCCAGGAGAUGUUAUUAUUCAACGUCAAGAUGUUGUCAGGCCAGAUAAGGCAAUUAAUUCCCCACAAUCAAGAGAAGCUCUGGCUCCACACCAUAGCACGUUAAAUCUUGCAUCUCCAACCCACAACCUUGGAGGACUGGCACCAUCUUCAGCUUAUUUCAUGGGCCAGAAGUAUCAAGAGAAUGGAGAUACUCUCUCAGACUUUGUGAACUUAGUGUGUCAGGAAACCCAGAGCAGCAGUGGACCAUCUCCACAAUCCACAGCUGACCAUGAGAGUAGAAGCCCCUCCAAGCUUCACUUCUAUACCAGUGCUAUGUUACCUCCUCCACCCCCAGCCCCAAUGGCCAGACCAGUUGCCAUCAUUAGAUGUACAGAUUUGAGUCCAACCACUCCAAGCCCACCUGCUACAUCUACUGGUAGAAGUUGUGUUACACCAGAUCCUGAAGCUCCAGGACCCAGUAAUACAGAAGAUAGAGACAAUAGAGAACAGGUGUCACCACCACCAACAACAUCAGUGGUGGGACUGUCCUCUAAUUCCCAAGAUUCAUCUCCUGUGAACCGAUCUGUGAUGAGCAGCCCUUUUACUACAUUAGCAAGACCAGAACACAGCUUUGCUCAUAUUCAUCCUCAGCCUCAACUGUUCUCUUAUCCAAGCAUCAGUCCAGUUAGUGGGGUCAUCAGUCCCACAAAUUUCAUCAUGUUUACAUCUCCAGUGACCACACCCCGUAGCACUCCACGGACCACUCCAGUACCUCGAUGGAAUAAUUCAUUUAUAGCAUUAGACGAUAAUAUGGAUUACAACAUGAUCACAGGUUUGAUGCCCGGAACAAAUCCUGAGGCUGAUCCUCCACACAUUAUUGGUGCUGAAGAGCGGUUUUUUCCUGAAGUUCACAGUAGUGAAGCAGUGGAUGCAAGCAGUCAGACGGCUAGUGCCUCAACUACUCCCACCAAGAGUCAGCCUUCUUAAGAAUGUACACUACUUGCUCAAGAAAAGUUCUUGAUAGUGACAAAAUAAGAACCUUAUUGGUUCUUCUGUGUUGGAACAUCAUUACUAACAGCAAUAAUAGGCAAAUUUUUCAGAAGGCCAAAGAUACUACUGCUGGCAAUACAGCUAGAGCAUUUUAGGUUGUGAUGCAUAGCACAACAUGUGAAAGGUUUUGUAAGUAUGCUGAGGGCCUUGAAAUGUUGGAAAAGGUGAAAAUAUGAACUAGUUUAACUACCUCUGAGAAAACAUAACCCAACCACACUUUCGCAACAUUGAUAUUCUAACUAUAACAUUUAUUCCCAGUAACUACUUGCUCAGAUAUGUCUGAAUAGAUGGUUGGGUGUGUAAUUUGUAGACAGUAGUUUCUUUUUGUUACUUUUAUAUAUAGUGAAUAGAUUUCUUUUCAGAACUUUAAACAUGACUAGACUGAUAUUAUGAUUUAUGUAAAAAAUAUCAAGUGAAUAUGGACAAAAUUAUUUUAUGUAUCAUCUUCUCCUGUUGAACCAUUUCAUUUCCUUCUUAACUUCAGUGUUACUUUUCUUGUAUUUCAUAGGUUUAUCUAUGCUGUUUGUUACAAGGCUAAGAAUGUGUUUUUAGUUGUGUGUACGGCUUGCACGUUUGGUUUUAAUAGUUUUUUCUUUUAGCGAGUAGUUUUAUUGAAUGAGGAAAGUUAAGGGUUAUUACUUUCUAUUUUUGAAUAUUUGACAUCUGACAUUUUAUAGAAGGGUGCUGAUUGUUUUUAGUAAAUUAUGUAAUGUUUGUAAAAUGGUUUUGUCCAAUAAAUACAAAAGAAUGAAAAACAAACAGUUAGGAAGAACAAGACUCUAAAAGACUAAGGUAUGAUUAGUGAUAAUGAAUAUCUACUGAGACUUUGUACUUGAUUAUUAUUUUAUUGUUUUUUGUUUGUUUUUUAAUGAAGUAAUGUUGAUACAGUAGCAAAACCUACUGGAAUGUGCUCUUGACAGAGGAAGUUGUACAUUUGAAGACUUCAGAAGUGAUUGUGAAUUGCUUAGAAUAUAAUGGUCAGUAACUUAGGAUAUUGAAUGAAACUAUAAUAUUUUAUAAUAUAGACCUAAGCUUUGAUUCUUGUAUAGGACUAGAUUUUUUUUGUCUUUGUGGAUUAAUAUUGGAUAGAGAAACAAUGUAUCUGAGCUUCAGACACCUGUUGGAGUGUUUGUUUUUUGUAUUAUAUGUUGAAAAAUUACAGUUGUAGUGCUAGUCACAAUGUCAGUGAAGAGUACAGUGUUGGAAAUAUGACCUGCCAAACAAUGAGGAAGAAACUGAUGACAUAGAAUACAAGAAAGUCUAGGUCUCUUAUUGUGAUGAUGUUACUUUAUAUUAUCACCACUGUAAUAUACACACAUCUAUAUAUAUAGAGGGAGAGAGAGAGAGAAAAUUAAAUAAUCUAGAUUUUUUGCCUAGUGACAGAGGUUCAUAAUAUGCUACAUUUUAUAGUUCUAUAACCAUCAUUCAUUAGUUAAUGUUAGAACUCAUCUCGUUCGCAGACCCUACAAAGCUAUGCAAGUUGAUAAAUGUAGAGAAAAAUUGUUUUUCAGCAGAUUUGUUUAGAAGUUAUUGUCCUUUUCUCUUCACCUUGGAUUUGCAUGGAAGAGUUAAAUAGAAAAUUGGCAGUCUUCCUCGUACAGAGAACAACUAUGAGACAGUUUUGUGUGUUUAUUUAAGGAGUUGUCUUUGUAUAUAACGUGCUUUGUACAGCUUUACAAAAACAAAUGAUUUUAAUAUAUAUAUAGAUUAAAAGUUUGGAUGUAAUCUUAAGCUCUUUUAAGGGAUUUUCUUAUCAUAGUAAUUAGAUUUUGUGCUAAAGUGGAUUUCUUCACAAAGUUGUUAAAGCUCUGCUAGAAUUUAGGCUUAAGUCAGUAACAAGUCAAGGAUAUGUCCAGUAAAACAGUGUAAAUUUAUGAUUAGUCUUUGUUGAUAUGCAGGGAACUGCAAUUUCAUGAAUGUGUAGUGCAAAUUCAAACUGAAAAUUUUAGAGAAAUUUGUUCCUUUAAAUGUUUAAGAACAGGGUCAGAAAAUCUGUGUUAUUUACUUUGAACUCUAUUUAUUUGAAGUUUGACUAUGUAGCUAUGACUUGACACUGUAAGUGUUGACUAAUGAGAAAGAUUGGAACAUUAUAUUUCUUGCUGAAAUAUAGCUACUGAAGUAUUAAUAUUUUUUUAACUUGAUAGAUAUUACUUUAUUUUCACUUUACAUGAUUAUAUCUAUCAGCUUAGAUAUUUGUAUUUUUAAACUACUGAAAAACUGACAUUAGGAAUAAUGAACAAAGCUACAUGUGUCUUUAAAACAGUGAACUUGUGAAGUUUGAAAUGAAGUUACUAAAACUAUAAAUAAAAGAAACUGUAUUUCCGUAUAUAAUUUAUAUGCAAUAUUUAAUGGUUAUUACAUAUAGUAUAUGUUCAUAUUGUGUAUAUGCAAUAUGUUUCAUGAUGAGUUAUAGAAUUUAACAGUUAUGUAUGAUACUAGUGUAUAGCCUGUCAAAAAUGAUGGGUGUUAAGAAAUCUCUAAAGAUUGCUAUAAAUUAACUAAACAAUUUUAUUCACAUUAAAAGUCACAUUUUUAUUUCAUUAUAUUUCUGAAUACACUGAAAAUAUCAUCAGUAUUUUUCAAUUUCCUUUGGAAUUGUGAAUCAAUAAUUUUUACAUACAUUUUUUUCUUUAAUUGCAUAAUUUAAAUACUAUGUGUUCAUGGUUAUACACAUGUAACUAAAUAUUAUCUGACUAACAUUAGUAAUAGUAGGUCUAUUUGUAAUCCAAUUUAAGCAUUAGGCCCAGUACAUAAAUGUAACGUAACUUAGCUGAAACACUACUUCAUUGAAAUCUUUGGUAACUUUUAUUUUGCUUUUGUCUACAACUCAAUGACAGAAAACUUAGAUGUUCAUUAAACUGAAAAAAAUAUAAGUAAAAUGUUAUUUAACUUAUCACGGUGUGAUAAGAUACCCUAAAGUACUAUCUGUUUUGUAAUUAUGCCUAAAGUAAAGAUUUAGUGUACAAUAACUUACCCUAGGCCCAAGUGCAUGAAACUUCUCGAGAAGGAAAAAAAUAUCAAUUUUAAAUCUAAAUCAUUUUUGAAUUAAACUAUUUUGCUGUUAUAUCAUCAAAAUUAUAAAAAAAAUAAUUAAAAAAACAAACAUUUCUAACAAAUCAACAUGCAUAUUAAGCAUUCAACAUAAACAUCAUAGUUGGUUUAACUACAGUGUCAUUUGGUAGUUUUGUUACUAAGCAAUGAUGUAACUUGUAGACCAUUACUCAAAAAAUGGAGCUUGAUGUGAAGACAGAAACUGCUUAAUAUAUAUAUAUGUAUAUUAUAUUAAUACCUGUGUUUUAAAUUGAAUUAUACACAGUGUGAUUUAGUGUGCUAAAGGAAAUGGGCCACCUUUGAUUAGGCUUUUUUUUUGCUAUGUCAGUCUAUGAAAUAAAGUUUGUUCCUUUUAAAAGUUGAUAUUUUAAGCCAAACUUGAUUUCUCAAGCUGAAAAUUAUUAUAUUUGUUAGGAAAAGCCUAUUGGUUUACCUUUGAGAAAGGAAAUUCAGGGUACAAAUAUAUCGGAGUACUGUUGCAGUACUGUUUUGAAGAGCUUCCACUUUAGCAAAAAAUCUCUUGUAAUGAUUUUAUAUGCAACUAGCAAAUUUAUUUUAUGAAUUGUAAGCAUAUUAACAUGUACAUAGUUAGAAACAGACUGACUUCAUUAUAUGUUAAGAUUAUUUCAUUAGAUAUGUCUUUUACUUUCAAAAAUUCACACCAAGUGUCUACAAGUCAGCUGAGAUGUUACAAAAUCCUUUAGAUAACCUAUCACUUACAUAUAUACAUCUAUCAGAUUCGUUAUGUUAAGAAUCAGAACUUCCAGCUAGUUUUAUUAUUGCAAAGUUAUAAGUAGAUCAAGUGGUUGUUGUUUACUGACAUCUAUAAGAAUAAAGAGUAUGAUAAAGUAUCCUCUGAAACAUUUAUUUAGAAAUAAACAUUUAUCAUGGUGUAUUCAUUGGUGGUUCAUUCUUACUUUUGUUGUGGUUUUUAUGUCAGAAAAUCCAAUAACUGUAUGUAAUAAGUGAAACAAUGAGAAAUACCCUUUUCUGUGCAAUGUUUUUUUCAUGAAUUGUUUUCUUCUUCUUUCCCCUCAAUGUAACACCCCCACCCCCAUUUCAUGAAUUUAAUAUUUUAGAGAUAAAACAACUGGUUUAUGAUAUGUCAUUUUAGCAUAGGUUGAGUUAGACUGAUAUAUUUAAUACUUAAGUGAUAAAGGAAAGUGAAUGAAAACACUUGCACAUUAAUAAUGAAGGAACUGAAAGUUCAUCAUUCCUAAAGAUGUGAUAAAAGAGAAAGCAAAGCUCUCUCAUCAUUUCAUCAGCUGUUGAUAAUAAUAAGGUUAUUUGAUAUUACUGUACAAGGUCAUGAAAAAAGAAGUAGAAGCCCUUUUACAAUAGUCCUCUUGAUUUUGAUGCAAAAAGUGGAUGUACUUUCAAAUUCCCUCUUGGUCUUAAUGGAUUGGUGACUCUUCCUUAUUUUUCUUCAUCUUCAUCAAGGAAAUAAGGGGGAGGGCUCUUGCAUAUUACUAAUUCAAACCUGUUCCACAAUAUAAAAAAAAAUUAAUAUAAGAAUUGGAAGAUCUUUAAACAAUUAUUUUUCCUGAUCUUUAUUAAUGAAGAGUGGUGUUUUUAAUAUGCAUUGUUAUAAUGAAGGAAAUAGAAUAUGAUAUAUCAUUUGUUUUUUUUGAUAAAGGAAGCGGAAAAUUUUCAAGAUUAUUAUUCCUGGUCUUGAUGGAGAAAAAAAAAGGUUCUUCCAUGUUACUCUCCUAUUUCUUGACCAUCAGGUCUAGAUUUUUUGCAGCUGUAUAUGAGGUAAACUGAAACUUGUUAAGUGACCCAUCAUGAUAUCAUUGUCACGAACAUUUUAACUACAUAUCUUGUGGCCCCCCAGUGGCACAGCGGUAUGUCUGUGGACUUACAACGCUAUAAACCGGGUUUCGAUACCUGCGGUGGGCAGAGCACAGAUAGCCCAUUGUGUAGCUUUGUGCUUAACUUCAAAUAAACAAGCAUAUCUUGUGGGUGUUUUUUCUGCCACUACCUCUUCCACUGUAAUGAUAUAUACUGAAGCGCACUCAACUUCUUUAAAAAUGAAUUGGCAAAUUUAACAAGAUGAUCAAGGAAAUUGGGAAAGAAUUAAACUAGUUUUAUAUUAUUUGACCAGUUUUUUUAUUUAAAAAUUGAAAGAUUUAUAUCAUUAUCCGUAACAAAAGAAGAGAAACUUCUUCCAUGUUAUCAUGCUAGGUCAGAAGUGAAAGAUAUUCAAAGUGUUCCUGAUGUUGACAAAGGAAGAAAUAGCUCCUUCACACUUAAUCUUAAUAAAGUAAGUGGAAAUCUUCAACAUUAUUUUUUUUCUAAAAUGUUUAAAAAACAAACAAAAAACUCUUCCCCAUUACUUUUCCAUUUCGUCAUUAUGGAGUUUAAUAUUUCUAGUAGAAUUAUGUGAGUUAAGUUAAACCUUAUUAAAAUGACUUUCUAUGAUAUAAUUUCCUCAAAACAAAUUUUGAUAGCAUUUUUCUUUUUCUAUUAUUUGUUCCACUUGAUUUUAGUAAGAUGACUUGCAUGUGUUCUAUUCUAACUGUCCACUAUCUUUGAAAGUGUGAUUUGUAAGAAAUCUUUCUGUACCUACAUGCAUUAAAUAUCCACCGAAAACCACAUAUAGUGGUGAUUGUAUCUGAUAGAUUUAUAGGCUAGUCGGUGUGUCCAGCUUUGCUCAUGUAGUCAAAUCCAGAAUUUAUUUUUCUGUUAACAUGUUUGUUUUUAUUACACUUGCUUUAAUUGAUUGAACUUCUUUUUUAGUUUAUUCAUACAUUAUGAGUUUGUAGUUUUAUUGUUAUGCUUGUGGCUAAAGUGGGGUGUUUUUUGUCUCAUUGCAAAAUUUGAAAAAUUAAAACAGAGUGGUGUGCAACUGCAAAAUACAGAGUUAGAAUGUUACACAAGAGUGAUAGGUGUAAUCCCUAAAAAUUUGUGA